CCAUUGAUUUAACUCGAAAAAAAUUAGUUCUGCUGCGAUCGUGUGAUGAGUAGACGCGCGUUACUACUCUGUAUUUAAUAGUUUUAAAAUGUAAACAAAGGGUUGUUAGUGAAAACAUCAGUCGAAAUGUCGGCAUUAACACUUCGCAGCUAUGUGAGAGUAUUUUGUGUGUUGUGUUUUGUGUUAGAGUGUGUGGUUUGCAAGGAUUUUGUGAAUAAUUUACAAACAAGUCACCAUAGUGUGCAUUGCACCCAUGAACACCCUAAAGCCGACCAAGUAAUAAGGGGUGUUCACAUAGAGCCAGCGCACAUAGUUAAGAAAAGAAGUAUAGAUCAACCGUUAAGAAUUAGUAUAUUUUAUGACCACUCUGUAUAUAGGUUAGAACCCAAGAAAUUUGAAAUGAUAAACAACACAAUCCUGCCGGAAGCCGUCAGGUUCUGGGAAGAAGCCCUCAAAGUGAGGAAAACGGGGGGACCAAUUUUACUCAAUAGAAAAUGUCCAACGCGUCAGGUGUUCAUCCGAGGAGGCAGAUCCCAUUGCAUAGACGCCUGCAGCCCGGACACCAUGUGCGGGGAAGUCAGGGUGCCGGAACACCAUCUCAAUCCAUGCUACGUUUGCAACAGCACGGGUCACAACUGCCGCGCGCUGCCUCGGGUGAAGGGAAUCCCAGAUGAGGAGCUGACUGCCUCGGAGAUAUCUGGGAACUCAGUGUAUGAUACCCAGGGAACAGACGAAAAAGAAGAAGAGACUGAAGAAGAAACACUGGGAGUGGAGAACACAGACUUCGUGCUAUACGUCAGCGCGGUGGAGACAGAGAGGUGUCGCCGUGGGCUCACAGUGGCGUACGCGUCGCACUGCCAGCAGGAAGCGGCGCUGGACAGACCAGUGGCGGGUCAUGCUAACUUCUGUCCUGGCGAACUGUCAACGAAGUACCGAGACAUGCCGUCCGUGCUGUCUACGGUCAAGCACGAAAUGCUGCACGCGCUGGGCUUCAGUGUUUCGCUGUUCGGCUUCUACAGGGAUGAAAAUGGAGACCCAUUGACUGAGAGGCGCCCUGACACUGGAAACCCGCCGUUAGAUGAAGAGCUUCAAAUACACAAGUGGUCACAUCGUGUGGUCAAAAAAGUGACUCGCAACAAAUGGAUGAUCAGAGGGGGUUAUAUGGAAAGGACCUUUCAUAUGAUUGUGACCCCCAGGGUCGUCAAAGAGGUGAGGGACCAUUUCAACUGCUCAGAGUUGGAAGGCGCUGAGUUGGAGGACCAGGGAGGGGACGGCACUGCGCUCACUCAUUGGGAGAAGCGCGUCUUUGAGAACGAAGCAAUGACCGGCACACACACCCAAAACUCCGUGUUCAGUAGAAUAACCUUCGCAAUGAUGGAAGAUACGGGCUGGUACCGUGCCGACUACGCUCAUAGCACGCCGCUGGACUGGGGCCGGGGACUGGGCUGCAACUUCGCCAUGACCUCCUGCAAGCAGUGGCUCAACACGCAAAGGUUUAGACGAAAGAACCCCGCGCCAUUUUGCGAACGCGUCAAGGGUGAUCCGUUGCGUACGCAAUGUUCGCCGAGACGGAACGCUGUGGUGCUGUGUAACUUAGUUCGCCACGACACCAUACUGCCCAGAAAGUAUCAGCAUUUCGACAUUCUACCCAACGUGCCAGCGGGCGAGGCGGCGAUGUACGGCGGGUCAGUGUCGCUGGCAGACUACUGUCCCUACCUGCAGGAGUUCACCUGGAGACACAAGAACGUGCUCAUCAGGGGAAGCCGCUGCUCCUACGAAGAGAACACACCGAACAGCGAAGUGAACUUCGCAUUGGAAAACUACGGGCCACAUUCCAAAUGCUUCGACCACAGUGACCGAGUCUGGGAACAGAAGUCGUGUAGACAAAUCCGCGAAUGGCAACACUGGGGGUCGGGCUGCUACAAGUACAAAUGUGAGAGUGGCCGCUUAAGAAUUGUGGUGGGCAACUACACGUAUACAUGCUACUUCGCGAAUCAAGUGCUGCAAGUGAGGAUCGUGCAGUCCGACUGGCUGCACCGGGGCGGGGUUGUGUGCCCACCAUGCCGCGAGAUGUGUGGCGCUGAAUUUGCGUCUCGCGGUGAAUACUGCAAAGGCGGCGAGGAAGCGCCCCCACCGAAUCUGUAUCCAAAUGACGUGUUAGCGUGCAAAGCUGACCAAACACACUUGGCAGCCAUUUUGUUGAUGUCCGCCAUUUUGAUUACGCUCACCAAUUGUAUGUGAUGGCGGGAACAGUUGAUUGUUUGAUUUUAGUUUUAAUCUGUGUAAUAUACAGCUGGGUAUACUGUACAUCUUUGAUUACAAUUAGAAUCUGUAUCCAAACGACGUAUUAGCGUGCAAAGCUGACCAAACGUACUCGGCAGCCAUUUUGUUAAUGUCCGCCAUUUUGAUUACGCUCACCAAUUGUAUGUGAUGGCGGGAACAGUUGAUUGUUUAUUUUUGGUUUUAAUCUGUGUAACAGCUGGGUAUCCUGUACAUCUUUGAUUACAAUUAGAAUCUGUAUCCAAAUGACGUAUUAUCGUGCAAAGCUGACCAAACAUACUCGGCAGUCAUUUUGUUGAUGUCCGCCAUUUUGAUAACGCUCACUUAUUGUAUUUGAUGGCGGGAAAAGGUGAUUGGAUAUUUUUGGUUUUAAUCUGUGGAAUAUAAAGCCGGACAUAUAGGCUCAAAAGGCUAGAACUUAGAACCAUAAAGCCAGUAAAAAAUAUACUAUAUAUGGUUUGACAUACACGUUUCAGUUACAAUCUGUACCAAAACGAUGUGUUAGAGUUUGGCUAAUUAAAGUAGGAACUAAAAUCGCCCGGCAAUUUAAAAAAUAUUUCUACUAAUAGUAUUGAAAAAAGGUGUGUGAAAACAUUAUUUAAUGUUUUUCAAUAUGUAUAUUGAAAUAAAUUCAAUUGCAAUUAUCAAACUUGAGUUAUUUAAAUAUUUACAAUAUUGUCUUGGGUACGACCACCAUUUUGUUUUACAUUUGCCAGUCGAUUUCAGUCUUUAUUUUCACUAGCCAAACUCUAGCUUGCAAAGCUGACCAAACUCACUUGGCGGCCAUCUUUUGUUAUCCGCCAUCUUAAUUACGCUUAACAAUAGGGUAGUUGACUCAUAUCAAAUUUAAUAUAAACAAUAUUAAUUUCGUGUAGUACAUGGAAUAAGGGUCCGAAAUAUAUCGAUUUCAAUUAAUAAAAGUUAAGGAUUUCUUAUAAAACGUAAUUUAAAUAUCACGUACUUUUAUUAAAUUAUCCAAACGUCAAAAACGCUGUCGUCCAUUUUGUGACGUCACUAACACACUUGAUGUAAACGUCAAACUAUUAUUGUUAGCUAAUAUUUUUGUCAAACGCUCCAUUUGUAUGGGAUUAUUAUAGUGACGUCAUGAAACAGUUGAAAUACAGACUGUCAUGGCCGACAGGCGUUUUGGCUCCUAUUGUCAAAAACAUAUUUAAAAACUAAAAUUUUCAUGUAAUCGCGUCUCAAAAAAAUAUGAAAAAAAAAAUUCAGUCUAGUAGAUCGAGAAUGAACUAUUUAAGACCAUUUAAAAAAAAUGUUCACUAGCCUAUUGUAUGUGAUGGCGGGAAACGUUGAUUGGAUAUUUUUGUUUUUAAUCUGUAUACCAAAGCCAUGUAUGGCAUACUCAGCUUAUAUUGUAUAGCACUAAAUUGUGUCUCGUAAUUUAAAUCUAAGAAAGGACUAAAUUGUAUUUAAUAGAUAGGUAUUUUUCAAUGAAAUAAAAUAAAAUUAACUUUUUAACAUAGAUACAUAAUAACAUUAAUCUAAUACUCUUUGUUUCGUUUCCCUCAGAAAAUACAACACUUUCCUCCGAGCCUUAUUUUUACUAUGGUAUUGCAUCUGUGGUAUCUAUGCAUUUAUCAACAAUAACCGAUUAUUAUCUGUGUAUAUGUUAUGUUAAAAAAACAAUCAAAUGCAACUAAUCUUUGAUGUUGAUUUACAGUUAUCAAGUAUCACUAAAACUUGAUACUUUAUGUACAAACUUAAAAUUUUAUCACAAAAAUAAAAUUUUAUAAAAAAAAAGAGUUACUUAACUUUACUAAAAUAUGUAUGUAAUUUUGUUUUUGGUAAUAUUGGCUAUGAUUUAUAUAUUAUAAAUAUGUAUCUUUUAAUGAUAAUAUCUGUGUUUUAAUUAGAUAAAAGACGACCAAUGUAUUUUUCUCUCAGUUACCCUGUUUUGGACAAUAUUGUAGUCAUUGUACUGUAUUGUAUUGUAGGGCCGUGAAUAAUUUAAAAAUGUACUUAGAACCGUCAUUUUGUGUUAAAAAAAAAGAUUUAUGGCGGAAAAAUCUGUCUAUUGUAUAGGAAUUUUAUUUAAUAUUACCCGAAAACCUGAGAAAUCCUUGCGGCAUUAUUAUUAAGUAACUUUAAGAUUAUUUUAAAAGAUCUGACUUCAUUAUUUUUUUUCGAAAGAUUUAUUUUUUAUUUGGUUACCUACCAUAGAUAAAAUAGAUUUAUAUGUUUUUUAAUUAGUUUAUUAUUUUAUUAGAUAAUCUUAGAUUUAGCUUUUUUAAUGUUAUUUUUUUAAAAUAAGUUAUGAUAAGACUUAAUUAAUUGUAUACUUAAAUGCCAUACAUAUUACUUUUAAUUUAUUUAUACUAUUACUUUUAAAUGAUUUUUCGUAUUCGAAUUUAAGAAACGCAAAGCUAUUUUUUUUAUCGCUAUAGUAGCUAGCAAACAAACAUUCAUCAAAUGCAUAGCUGGGCAUUAACUCGUUAAUCCGUUAAUCGUUAAUUAUAGAAGUUAACAUUUUGAUUAACGGAUUAACUUUUAAGUUAACUUUUAAAAAUGUUGACGGACAUGUUAACUUCCGUUAAUAUCCAGAAGUCCGUUAAUCGUUAAUCCAAUGCCUACUAUUUACCGCGCGACGCGAAAAGCAGGUUCAGACAAGUAAGAAAUGAUGAAUGAUUUUUUUUUUCAAAGAAAUCAACAAAUUGCUAUAUUUAUGUUAAAUAUAGAUAAAAUCAACAAAAAACAAAUUAUGGCACUUUUCCCCGGUGCUCAUCCUUAUUUUUCCAAUGGUGAUCAUACAAUGAUAUAAAAAAUGUAAUAUUACACAGUCAUGUUAUCGGAUUAACGUUAAGUUGCGUUAAUUCUUCACGAAGUUAACUUUUUUUGUAGCGGAUUAACGAUUAACUAAGUUAACUAUUUGAUUAACGGUGCCCAGCUAAGAUCAAAUGAUUGCAAACAUUUCACCAGAUGUCAAGUGAUCACCGCAUAAUAAAUAACAACACACGCUGGCCUAUUCACUAAUUUGGUCAUUAUUAUCAACCUAUUAAAAUUAACAUCAAAUGAACUGACAACUGUCAACUACCUACUAUAUGAUAUCCACGAAGUUGUCAAUAGGCACAGAAUUACGUAAAUGAAUUAUAAUAAUCAAUAACUUUAAAAAAUACUCCAUCUUGUUUUUUUUUAGGUUUUAUGAACAGUUUUUAAAAUACUUAAAGACUCGAGAAUGGAAUGGCUGCAUCGCUGCCGUGUACCGUAUGCUCUAUCUGCAUAUUAUUCUUUAAUCUUUGUGCAAUGUAUACUGAUUCUGAGACUAGACAUGUGUACUAUUGACUAGAUAUACACACAGAUUAAAGAAUAAUACACAGAUAGAGCGCACAGAACACGACAGUGAAACAGCCAAAACAAAUGCAAAUUCAAAAGAUAAUAUAUUCUGAAGUCAGUACGAAGUGUCACUUCUUCGUCACCGCGCGGCAUCUAGACUCAAUCUGGAUCAUUCUCUAUUCUGUGGACUAUUGCAAUGAUUCCGGAAACUAUUUAAUUUUCAACCAUUAGUAUUAAUACGAAUUGGUGCUUUUUAUCAAUAAUAUAUUUUGUAAAUAUUACUUAAUUUAAUUCCCUUAGUUAAUAAUACUUAGUUUAGUACUGGUGCUUAAUUUUGCUUUAAUAAAUUAUAUGUCCUAUACAGGCUGAUUGGUUAUAUAAUGUAUUUUUUUAAGUUUUUAUUUAUUUCGAUUUUUUUUAAGUCAAGUCAGUAAGAAUAAUACGAGUAGAUUCAUUUCAAACUUUAAUAUAUUAGUUUUCUUUUUACAUUAUUAUAAAAUAAUGGUGAUAAUUAAUGUUGCAAACUUAAAAUUGAAGCCACGAGAGUUCUAAAUACGCCUCUCUAAGAAGAAACAUAAAAUUAAACAGUUAUUUUUGUUGGCAGUUAUUAUUUAGAACAAAAUAUAAAAUUAAAACUUUUGAAAAUAACCAAUCAACCUGUAUAAAUAUUGAUUUUAUUUUAAUUAAAUUAAUUAUUUAGAUAUAUUUUUUUUUUAUUUAAAUUUUUUGAUUAAUUAUAUUGUUAUAUUCUAGAAAGUUUCAAAAGAGUUAUGUUAUUUAACAAUUUGACUAUUUUUUUUGUAUUCAGUUUAUUUCGAGAUCUCUAGGGUACUAAAUAAUUUUAUAUCCGAUAAUAUUUGUUUAUCAAUAUAAUUUUCGAAAUAACUUUUGAAAAUAUAGAAUUUCAAAAUGGCAGACUGUAGGCAAACCAGUUUUAUACUUUAAUGUUUCUUUUAGAUUUUUUUUUUUUAAUAAAUUGCUGCGGACAAAUCGUUUGUAUAAAUUAAAUAUUUUCUGUAAAUUAAUAUAAAAUUUAAUUUAUUAAAGUCACUUCUCGGUUUGACUGUAAGUGGCGUAGAGGUUACAUAUUAUGAGAAAAAACAAUUAUAUUAAUUAAAAAAUAUAUAUACAGGGUGCUCGGGAGUUUUUGCCAUAACUUCAAGGUUUUAACGAGCCCACUCAUAGGAGCCGAACUGCAUAACCAAUAUCUUUUAACUAAAAAAUAGAACCUUUUUAUGUUUUCAUACAAAGUAAUUCAAAUAAUUCAGACUAUCCAUGUAACACACGCCUUUAUCUAUCCUUGCAUUUUAAAAUACGUAAAACUUGGCUACGUCAUAAUUAUAAAGAUACGUAUAAGGGACACAUUUUAAGAUCUAUUUACAAAAAUAAUUUACCCCAAAAAUAUUAAUUUUAGAACACAAGGUUCUUGAACAUUUUAAAUUAAUUUUCGGUAAAGAAUAUACACCCCAGAGUUAUGGGAAAUACUCCCGAGCACCCUGUAUAUUUUAGGCACGCCAUUGGCGAUCAAUUAUUCUCACGUUUCUGCAGCACCCACGACUAUAACUGAUCGUGUAUUGGUCGCUGCGUGCAUUACGGUUCGACUUAUGAAACGUCUUCGCUGUUGUUUGCGCUGCAAAAACGUGAGAAUAAUUGACCGUCAAUGGCUGACUUUAAAGUGUAACGUAAAUAAUAUUCACAUAUUCUUAUUUAGUUUUACACUUUCAUGUCUUAACCGUUGACACGAUUGGGAUUAGAACUAUCAAACAAAUUCUUAAUUUUUUUUUUUGUUUAAAAAGAAAUCUUCAGCUUUAUAGGUUAGAUUUUUGUUCAACACUGCUCCACUUACAAGUCGUCAAUAGCUUUAAGGGUGAAAAAAAACUGUAAUUAAUUUUGAAAAUGUACUGACUUGGAAAUAAAGAUAUUUUGAAAUACCUAA